AUGCCAUCGUCCCGAGCAUACCAGACUGACAUGCAGACCUUCGAAACCAGUUUUCAAGUCUUCAUGCCGCCUGCUGUCCAACACCAGAAGUCUGUUAUCCUCCGGAAGGAAGAUAUAGAGGAUAUGUAUCGGCAAAUUACCAAUAUUAUCCAUGGCGGCGGCGCGGUAUUCGUAGGCUACUUCCAGACUCGACAGACCACAGAAGACAUUAAUUAUUUCCCUCGUCGGUUAGAGGAGGGAUACGGUAUCGACCUUGUCCACCAACUAAAUUCGACGGAGAAAAUAUGGUCCCUGUUCACAGAGAUUCACAUCGCCAAGUCGCCUUCUACAGACCGCAUUUUUCAAAACACAGUCGUUUAUGAAGACAAGGGCUUGAAGAUCCUAGCAACGGCUUGGCCAUGA